AUGUGGGCGCAACCCCUAGACCCGUCGGCCCAUGUGUUUCAGUCGGCCAUGCCACCAAAGCGACGAAGACUCAGUGAAUCGCCUAUGUCAGUCUGCUCUCCGGCAUCCAUGGAAUCCCGGGAUUUUUCCAGAUCUUCCUUGUCCAUCUGCCAUGUAUCGUCUGCCGCCUCUUCUCCGUUGAACUCCGGCUACACUGAGACUCGUUCGCCAAGUACUGAGAUCAGUGAUCUUAACGAGAAUGAUGACGCUGCAUCCAAUGAUGCGUCAAUGAAAGACCUUUCAGUGGUCUCUCCAAAACCCCCCGGGCACCUCAGCCACCUGUCGACUCUUGAAACCCACUAUCUUCAAUACCAUAUGGAGCAAGGUUCGAAACUACUGGCCAAUCUAGAAAGUGAUGAAAAUCCGCUACGAUCAUUGAUUAUUCCCCGAGCUUUUUCAUCUCCCCUCUUGAUGAAGGCGCUGUGCGCCGUUUCCGCAGUUCACCUUGCAAACCGCUCUCAAAACAGCCUGGAUGCUCAGAACGCCGCGGCCAAUUACUACAUCCGUACAAUGAGCGGACUGCGCUCUGCGCUAACCGAAUUUCCGCGCAAGAAAUUUCCUGACGAGUCGAUCUUAGCUGUGGCUUUACUCUGCAAGUAUGAAAUAGUGCGGGGGAGCGUCAAGCAGUGGGCGGUUCAUUUGGAUGCCCUGGAAAAGCUAGUCAUCUCCCGCGGCGGGUUGGCUUCGUUUGACAAGGACACAGCAGAUUUUCUCUGGGGACUUUUCUUGUACGCGCACAAUGUGGCCAAAAUCACCAAUCGCCGGCAAAUUACCCUCAUCCCCGGGGCAGAAAACUUCAGUUUCACCAAGCUAGACAUUUAUAUUGGCUAUACUGAAGAGAUCAUCAAGUUAUGUGCGCGGAUUGCAGACCUGCCUCUUCUUAGUCAGGAUCCAGUGGCUUUGGGAUUGGAGAUACAUACGAUAGACACAUCUCUCCGCGACUGGACCCAUACCGCAACGCACUACACAGUACCCCGAGGAACAACAGAGGCUACUCUGCGUCGCCUUCGCAUGGUGGCCGAGUGCUUUCGUGACGCGGCAUACAUCUAUCUCCACUCCACUUUGAAUCGAAUGAGUAGUCAAGACCACACUACCCAGUGUCUACCCUCGUCGUGGCCGGAUUUGGUUACCUUGUCAAAGCAUGAAGCUCUCGAGCGUUGCUUAGAGCGUAUCAAAUCCUUUCCACUCGAUCAACAUUGCGAAUAUUCUGCUCUCACUUUUCCUCUUUUUAUCACUGGCUGCGAAACCCAGGACCCUGAGGCUAGAGAACUUGUCAUCGAGUCACUUACAAAACUAGAGGCUAAUUUCGGGAUUGGGAAUGUCAAGCGAGCCAAGGAGUUGUUGAGAAUCCUGUGGCAUGGGGCGCAUAUGCAUUGGUUGGAUGUAUUGGAGCAAUUGAAAUGGGGUUUGAUACUUGCCUAG